AUGUCAAACAAGUCUGUCAACUGCGGUUUAAUAUAAAGUUGGGUUAUGAAGGAGUUUUCAAGUUUUUAAGCAAGUUCUUUACAAUAAUCUAAUUAUCAUAACCUUUUCUUUAUAAAUAUGAACCAUGUUGCAUUAUUUCAUAAUGAAUUACUACCUCGUAUUAAAUAUUUUAGCAACUUAAGUAAUAUAUUUACACAAAGACUAAAUACAAAGGCCCCAUCUAAUACAGCAAUACUAGCUACAGAUAAGUUUCUGGAAGAUCCAAUAGUUGUUUUACCUGAAAAUAAUGGGGUGGAUUUGAUAGGACCACCUGAUCCAGUUUCUAAUUUACGUCCCAUAAUUAGAUACAUAAAUUUAAACGAGACAGUAUUACAAAAGAAAUUAAGACAAUUACACGACGAAACACAGAUAUGGAAUCAAAAAUUUUGGUCAGAACACAAUGCACGUUUCAUACAGGAGAAACAUGAAUAUAUAAAGCAAAAGAGCAAUGAUGACAAGUCCAACCUUACACCAGAUGAAAUGAGUGAAUUUUAUAAGUCAUUCUUAGAUAAAAACUGGGAGACCCAUGUCAACUAUAAUUUUGAAUGGUACAAAAGGAAUUUUUCCAUUCUACUGCUCUCAUUAAGAGUAUAUUUGGAAGAUAUAAGAAGUUGAUGGUAGUUAAUUAUUGUUAGAAGCAAUAAAAAGUAAUUUUGAUGUAGUUGGCUGUGUGUGUAUAUUUUUUUAAUAUAAGAGAACAGUCAUAAUAA